AUGGCGCUGCGAGCCGCAAUCGCCGGCGCCGCGGGGCUGGCCCUGGGCCGCGCCUCGUCACGGCCACACCUCCAGCGGGCUGCUCUGACCGCGCUGGCUGUAGCUGCGGUCCCAGUGGCCAACUUUGCAAUCACCCAGCUGCUGCGCCUGGCAGGCAGCGGCGGCGGCGCCCGCGGCGGCACCGGCGCCGGCGCCCAGCGCGCGCCCGGCGGCCCCCGCGAGCAGCGCCGCCGCCAGCUGCUGCGCGCCGCGCAGCGCGCCGCGGACGAGGCGGCGGCGGCGGGCACCAUGUCGGCCGAAGAGCGGCAGCUGCUGCACCUGGUCAUGCAGCCCGCGCCCAGCCGCACCGAGCGGGUGCGCACCAUUGCGCGGGUGCUGGAAUGGCUGCAGCAGGUCGAGGCGGACCCGGCGCCCCGCAGCCGCUCCACGCAGCUGGUGUCUGCGCUUGUGGUGUACGAACUGAACGCUCUGGUGGAUGUGAUGGAUUAUGAGGAGCUGCACCAGGCGUUUGGGGGCCACCCGCCCGCCAAGGGUCUGGCGCAGGCGCAGGUGGCUGCGCUGCCCGCGGUGCAGCUGAGCGAGGAGGCCAUCGGGGGGCUGCACAGCGCCACCUGCUGCGUGGUGCUGCCUGCCUGCACCCACGCCUUCCACGCCGCCUGCCUCGACCCCUGGCUGCUCAGCAAGGCCGUGUGCCCUGUGUGCCGCGCCGCGGUGGAGGCCCCGCCGCCCGAGGCGCCAGCUGGCGAGCACGCCCCGCAGGCUGCGGGCGCGGCGGCAGGGCAGGCGCCGCCGGCGCCGGCGAGCCUGGCAGCCGGCGGGGCCGGCGCUGGCCGGUAG